CUGAGAUAAGAAAACACCCAUCCUGAGCAGAAGGAAUUGAAAAGCCUCCCUUAUUUACRUGUUCUGACAUUAUUGUUUUGCUAAUACAGAAGAGGCUCCACAGUCCCCUGUUGCUCUCAGAGCUCAGCCCAGCACAGCUGUUGGGUUGCUUUCCUGUUCUGAAGAGGAAGUGAGAAAUUCCCUCCACACGUGCACGGGCACUUGAAUGCUCAGGUUUCACUCCCAAACCGGGAGCCAUCUGUAAUGAGCUCUCCGUGGGAUCCAGAGAGAAGAUUCCAGCUGUGCCAAGGGUUGUUUCAUUUCGUGCCAAAGGAGGAGGGGGAGAAGAAGUCUGAAAAAAGCUAAGAUGUAGAUGGUGCAARAAUUGGUCUAAGGAUCUUGCAAUCAGGAAAAGCAAAAGAAAAGCAGAAGCAGAGGAAGAAUCAGGAUGGGAAACUUUUGCCAGAAGCACUGUCCCUGUUUGGAGCCUUACAUCCCCUGCUUAUUCYUGGGGAGAAAUGGUGAGCAGGAAGACAAAGUCGGCCAAGUCUUCACCAACCUUGCUGUUGUAAAACCUGAUYUCCAAGCAGGACAGAAGGACCCAGAGAGUAAGAUAAAAGAGAAACCUUUACCUCCMCUGCCUGGCCAGGAUCUAGCAAACACUUGCACCUUUGUGGCUCUGUUCGACUACGAUGCUCGCACUGAAGAGGACUUGAGCUUCCAAGCUGGGGAUAAGCUGGAAGUUCUGAAUGCAUCCCACGAGGGAUGGUGGUACGCCAGGCUCCUCCUGCCAGCGGGGUCAGYCUGUCCUGGCCGAAAGCUCACAGGCUACAUCCCUGCCAACUACAUAGCCCCUGACGAGAGCAUCGAAGCUGAGCCAUGGUUCUUUGGCCCAGUCAAACGAGCAGAUGCCGAGAGACAACUGUCACACCCUGGAAACCAGGCAGGAGCCUUCCUAAUCCGAGAAAGCGAAAGUCUAAAAGGCGAAUACUCACUCUCAGUUUUUGAUGGUACAUCUGUGAAGCACUACAGGAUCAAAAGGCUGGAUGGAAACUUUUUCUUAAGCAAAAGGAAAACUUUCAAAACUCUGAAUGAGUUGGUUGACUAUUACAGCAAGACCAGUGAUGGCCUCUGCGUGUUGCUCAAAGAGCCAUGCCUAAAGGUACAAAUUCCUGCUACCUUUGAUUUGUCUUAYAAAACUGUUGAUCAGUGGGAGAUAGACCGACUAUCUCUGAAAUUCGUGAAAAAAUUAGGAUCUGGUCAGUUUGGUGAAGUAUGGGAAGGACUGUGGAAUAAUACCACCCCUGUGGCAAUCAAAACAUUAAAGCCAGGUUCAAUGGAUCCAAAAGACUUUCUGAGGGAAGCACAAAUAAUGAAGAACUUGAGACAUCCAAAGCUUAUACAGCUUUAUGCUGUCUGCACUUUGGAGGACCCAAUUUAUAUUAUUACUGAGCUGAUGAGAUAUGGAAGUCUUCUAGAAUACCUUCAAAAAGACGGAGGCUCUCAAAUCUUCCUGGCACACCAAGUAGACAUGGCUGCUCAGGUGGCUUCUGGGAUGGCUUACCUUGAAUCCCAGAACUACAUCCAUCGGGAUCUGGCAGCCAGGAAUGUUCUUGUUGGCGAACACAAUGUUUACAAAGUGGCAGACUUUGGACUUGCAAGAGUUUUUAAGGUAGAAAAUGAAAACAUWUAUGAAGCUAGGACGGAAACAAAACUCCCAGUGAAAUGGACAGCUCCGGAGGCAAUCCGGUACAACAGGUUCAGCAUUAAAUCAGAUGUCUGGUCAUUUGGGAUACUUCUGUUUGAAAUAAUUACCUAUGGGAAGAUGCCAUAUGCUGGUAUGCCAGGACACCAGGUGAUCCAGCUGCUGGACGAUGGGUUCAGGCUGCCCCAGCCCGAGACGUGCCCYGCGCCGCUGUACGAGAUGAUGCUGCGGUGCUGGAGCGCCGACGCCGGCGAGCGGCCGACCUUCGAAGCGCUCUGCAAGCAGCUGGAGGGCUACUUCGACACCCAGUCCUAUUCCUAUGCCUAGGCCCAGGCCAUGGGAAGUGAACCCUCAGGAAGCUCCCGAAGGACGUAUUCUAGCCAAAAUGGCUAACGGGAGCUGUGGAAUCAGCCUAACCCCCCCAGGUGUGGGGGUUAUUUGGGGGUGCUGAGGAACCCUGGUACAUCUCAUCCCCUUGCUGAUCCUCAAARACUCUUGCUGCUGACAGGUGUUUUGCAAGACAAAGCAUCAGGAAGAUGGAGGGGUCGGUGUUCCUAAAAAAUAAAAUGUCUUCUAUUUAUUUUAAAAUAACAGRUUGCAAGUAUAAACAAAUUAAAUGUGACUAGGUAAGUAACUACCAUAGCUUUUUGUCAUAUCUUUAUUGUAAUAAUUAUUUGCUGUUACUUAGAUUUUUCAUUCCUAUCAGUUUGUUCUCAUGAAGGAAUUUGAUGGCUCGRCACAGCAGGAUCUGUGCUCCCAGAGUCCUCUCAUUGUAAAAAAUAAAAGUAAUCCCGUGGCUGUGAUGACUCUGAUUUGGCAGAAUCCAAAUUAAUUGCCUUGUUUAGUCUUGGAAGUACAUGUUCUUUUGCUAUAUAUGAAAAUAAACAGAUAUUCAUGAGAGAAAAGGAAUUAUUUUGUUUUAUGGAUGCAUGGGGUGAUCUUUUUAUACUUUGUCUACUGUACUGCUUUUACAAAAAUAAACAAAAUUGUUAUUAG